AGUUGUUGACAUUCAUGUCAUACAUUUGUUAGCAGAGAGGAAAAUAAACAAAACCCAAAACUGUGUACCUUUCGCCCCACUAAUGAACAAUCAACAAUUUCCGGCUGACCUCUUGAGGAGACAUAAGGCAGUCAACGAAAAACUAAAAAAAUUCAAGCGAGUCCUAUUUAAGAGAUUCGGACCGAAUGUGAGCGAAAUAAGCGAUGAAUUCAAUCAGCUUGCUAUUGAGUUCAAAAACGCUUCACUCUUAGAAUAUGCCGGCCUGAGUUGGCAGAAUGCAGCUGAAUGUGAGCAUAUUAUUGAAAAUUCAUAUGCCGAAAUCGAUUACCUUCUGAAAGCCGCUCGUUCCUACCAUGACGCCGAUAUCAAACUUGAAAAGCUUUGCAUACGCUCCAACGAUAGAGCUUUCAUCGAAUGUGCGCUGCAAUGUUACAACAAUGCGAUUACCUUAUUACCAGAUGGUUCACCGAUGAAAGCAGCUGUUGUCAGAGAAAUGCUGAAGGUAAAACCUUCCGUAGAGGUGAGCAGUGGAUUCACAUCACCAUCACAUAAAAUUCAUGAACUGGAAGUGGCGGCCAAAGUGUGCGUUCAACGGAAAGAUUUCACAAGUGCGCUGGAUAAGCGGACGGAAGUGAUGGACAGCAUCAAUGAGCGAAACGUUCAGUAUUUAUAUGUCGAUGUGAUAAGAAGGAAUGAAUUGUCUCGAUUACUACUUCUACUUCUGCUUGAACUUCCGUCGACGCGAUUGGUUGAGUCGCACACAAGUUUACUGGAACGAUUCACAAAAAUGCCAUCUGACCAUCAAUAUGCUGAACAGAUUGGCCUGUCGAAUGAUCUGUUUCUUUGUUUAAGUGAGUUGGUGCUGGCAUGUCGAAAGAAGAAAAUGCCACCAGCGGCCGAUACAUUGGAUCGUUUGUUUCUGUACAAGAGUCUAGACACCGAACAUUAUUUAUUGCUGGAGGAAUUGAGUAAAAAGUGCAAUCAGUAAACUA